GGAGAGAUGGCGUCCCUUGGAAGGCUCGUUGACAAAGUAGCGCUGGUGACAGGUGCCAGUUCCGGUAUUGGUGCCGGCACAGCCAUAUUGUUUUCUCAGCUGGGAGCCCGUGUCAUCAUCACAGGGAGGAAUGAGGAGAAUCUGGAGAAGACAGCAGAGCAGUGUAACCACGACAAGUACAAGCCCGUCCUCCUGACUGGUGACCUGUCAAAGGAAGAGGACACGAAGCGUAUUGUGGAGGAAGCUAUCGCAGCCACAGGCAGGCUGGACAUUUUGAUCAACAAUGCCGGAAUCCUUGAAUCUGGCAGUAUUGAAACAACAAGUUUAGAACAAUUUGACAGAACAUUCAGCAUCAAUGUGAGGUCCAUCUACCACUUAACAAUGCUGUGUGUACCUCACCUGGUGAAGACGAAGGGCAACAUCGUCAACGUCUCCAGCAUAGCAGGGGUCCGAGCAUUUCCAGGUAUCUUAUCAUACUGCAUGUCUAAGAGCGCCAUUGACCAGAUGACAAGAUGUGUGGCUCUGGAAUUGGCUCCUAAACAAGUCAGAGUUAACUGCGUGAAUCCGGGUGUGAUUGUGACAGAGGUCCACAAGAGAGGAGGUAUGACGGAAGAAAAGUAUGCACAGUUCCUAGAACGUUGCAAGACCACACAUGCCCUGGGGCGAGUAGGAGAGGUUCGUGAAGUUGCCAAUGUCAUCGCCUUCCUGGCCUCCGACAGUGCAUCAUUCAUAACGGGCAACACAGAGUCUAUAGACGGAGGUCGCCACUGCAUGUGUCCACGAUAA